AACAUGGCGUCCCCCAGGUAAACAGUGCCCGUAGUUUCUACCCCAGGUGGCCGGGGGCAGUACUGAGCUGGGGCUGCUGUGUAUCUAGUCCGGGCUGCAGAAAGCAGUAGUUAAAGUUCGUUUCAGGUCACGGAUUCACGAAACCAACCUCCUGUCGGUCUGGAGUCGCCGCUUUCUUCUAGUCCCUGCAAGUUCCUCCUUUCCCCCUCGUUUGUUCCCGGCGCCACCCCCGGACACCCCUGGUCCCUCAUCCUCCCAGACUCACACCAUGAGCCUCCAGCAGCUGCUGUUGCGCUUUCCCCGUUCUCUUGGGGCCUUGAGUUCCCAUCGUCGUCUGUGGUGGUCCCCAUCUCUCGACACCAUCUCCACCACGGUGGGCUCCUGGCGUGGCCAGUCCUCCAGAUCCCGGGCCCAUUGGAACCAGGUGGUAUCAGAAGCAGAGAAGAUCGUGGGCUAUCCCACGUCCUUUAUGAGCCUCCGCUGCUUGCUGAGUGACGAACUCAGCAACAUUGCCAUGCAGGUGCGGAAGCUCGUGGGGACUCAGCACCCUCUGCUUACCACAGCCAGGAGGCUUGUACAUGACAGCAGGAAUAACCUCCAGUUGAGAGGCUUGGUGGUGCUACUUAUUUCUAAAGCAGCUGGGCCCAGCAAUGUGGAUGCUUCAUGUCAGAACUGUGACAUGGUCAGUGGGAUCUAUUCAUGUCAAAGAAGUUUGGCAGAGAUCACAGAACUUAUCCAUACUGCUCUCCUUGUACAUCGUGGGAUAGUAAAUUUAAAUGAAUUGCAGUCUUCUGAUGGGCCACGGAAAGACAUGCAAUUUGGGAAUAAAAUAGCUAUCCUGAGUGGAGACUUUCUUCUAGCAAAUGCCUGCAAUGGACUAGCUCUACUACAGAACACCAAGGUUGUGGAACUUUUAGCAAGUGCUCUUAUGGACUUGGUACAAGGAGUAUAUCAUGAAAAUUCUAUUUCUGCAAAGGAAAAUCAUAUCACGGAUGAUAUUGGCAUAUCAAUUUGGAAGGAACAGACUUUUCUCUCCCAUGGUGCCUUACUAGCAAAGAGCUGCCAAGCUGCAAUGGAAUUAGCAAAACAUAAUGCUGAGGUUCAGGAUAUGGCAUUUCAGUAUGGGAAACACAUGGCCAUGAGUCAUAAGAUAAAUUCCGACCUCCAGCCUUUUAUUAAAGAAAAGAUAAGUGACUCCAUGGCGUUUAAUCUAAACUCAGCUCCCGUAGUCUUACAUCAGGAGUUUCUUGGAAGAGAUUUGUGGAUUAAGCAGAUUGGAGAGGCUCAAGAAAAAGGAAGAUUAGACUAUGCUAAGUUGCGAGAAACGAUCAAAGCUGGCAAAGGUGUGACUUCAGCUAUUGACCUGUGUCGUUGCCAUGGAAACAAAGCACUGGAGGCCCUGGAGAGCUUUCCUCCCUCGGAGGCCAGAUCUGCUUUAGAAAACAUUGUGUUUGCUGUGACCAGAUUUUCGUGACACCAAAUUAAAAAGACACUAUUGUUCGUUUGCUGGAAAAAAACUAGAGAAUGAGGUGAUCAGGAGAGCUUUCAUGAUGAAAUAUCUAAAUGUGUUAAUGAUUUUAACAGUAUAUACUUUUUUCCCCUUCCUAAAUGAAUACUGCCUUCUUUUUGGAACUGCUACAAACAAAAUUAGAAGAAAAAAAGGUCAAGCAGUUUUCACUUGUCACGCCAGAAGCACACUCGAGGCUGCAGUAGCAGAAAUAAUUAAUGAGAUUCGCUCCUGUGACCUCAGCAAAUGGACAGGAAAUAAGUCCUUAUUGAUUGGACCGAGCAAGGAUGGCGCCAGGGCGGUGGCCUGUGGUUUUCCUUCUAGAGAGGAGAGCAAGCUGGAAGCUGCAGGUGUCAAGAGGAACACUAUCAAUACCAGCUAGAGAGGACUGUCAAAUCAAAAACGAGUGACCAAUUUGUCAUAAUGAAGUAUAGUUAAAUGAAUUAAGAAAAAAUAUGCUUUUUCUUCUUGCAGUUAUGUCUCUGUGCUAUUUAUAGAUCCAGUGUGAAUAUAGUUUGUGUUUUAUGGUUUUUGUAAGAUUUUUUGUUUUUGAGAAAUUGCUGGGAAAAAAUGCCAAAUAUUUUAAGUAGGAGAUUAAAAUGUUAUCAAAUGUUAUCUUUGUUAUAUUAGGAAGUGCCUGUUUUUCUUUCUUAAAGACCAAAUAUUUUUUCAAACACCAUUUCAAAGAACCAAACUUUUUUUUUUUUAACUGAACAAGUUGCACUUUUCCAAUGAAAUGUAUUAGUUUGUUAACACUUUGGUUUAGAGAAUACGUUUAAUUUUUACAAGUUUCAGCAUGUAAUUAUUGAACUGGGGAAUUAAUUGGUGAGAUUUUUCUUUUAACCUCAGAAUACCAAGUUUUAGUCUUGAACCACAGUCAUCCAAUUACAGAAAGAAUAUAAGCAGUCGUACAGCCCUGCAAUCGGACACUGUCUCUGUGUGGUUCACAGGAGAUGAUUUUUGCGGUUUCCAUGCAUGCAGUAUGAGGACACCGUUGACAAGAAGGCUGAGUUUACAUAAAUGAUCUAGAUUGAGACUUAGCUACCUUUCUUCCUUAUGUGGUGUAAUUACAGCCCUAUCUGGAGACAGCGAACACAGCAAACAGAUUUUAUUACCUCGUUCACUCAAACACUAAGUGAAGUUAUUUUAGUGAUAUCCCUCCCCACAAUAGUUACAAAAGUGUUUUAUCAGAGCCCAGCAUGUGGCAUGCAAUGAAGAGAAUCUGUAAACUUACAGAGGUUAAAGUAUUGUAUUGUGAAAUAUUUUUAAGUGUACUUGAAAUACUGUAAUUGUACAGUUUAUGCUACUACGAUUUGAAGGUGUAUACAUUUAGUUUAAGAGAACACUCCAUUCUGUUUUAAAUGUCUUUCUUUUCUAACUGAGAUUGGCUUAAUUAGUAACUAUGGUUAAGAUGCUUUAGAUCAGACUAGGUUUUAAUCAUUAACUUCCACAAAAAAAGAGUAAUGCUUUGUCGUCUUUGGAUGGGCAGGAACUUUAGUGUGCUUUAGGUUUUAUCAAGCACAUGGUUCUCUACUGCAGAGUGUGGGACGAGAUCCUAGGGCUCUUCUAAUUCAGUUUAAUAGCUGGUUUUCUCUGUGACCUUGACCCUCUGAAUCAGUUUCCUCAUCUGUAAAAUGAGGUUUAACUGGAUAAUGUAUGAUAAUGUAUGAAGUCUCUUCCAGCUUUGUUUUACUUUUCAAGAAUUGGCCAUUUCUGACUGGCUAAAUAACAAAGAUGAAGUUCCUGAGUGAUGCAAAUGAUUAACGCGCUUAGCUACUAACCGAAAGUUUGGUGGUUCAAGUCGACCCACGGAUGCUUCAGAAGAGAGGCCUGGUGAUCUACUUCCAAAGGGUCAACCAUUGAAAGCCCUAUGGAGUAUAAUUCUACUCUGACACACAUGGGGUCGCCAUGAGUCAUAGUCGACUGGACUGCAGCUGGUAGGUGAAUAACAAAGAUGCUGUGCUAGAUUUA